CGACUGAGCCACCCAGACCCAAGGGCCAGGCGGAGCUGUGAGCACCGACGACGCCUCCAUGGAUCCAGUUCAGAAACGUAACUCAACACUGAUUCCCGAAUCUUCCCCGAUGAGCUCUGAAGAGACCUCCCGGGAAGUCACAGCAGCCUCCCCUCCUUCCUUCUCAGAACUGCUAAUGAUGGGCCUCGGUGACCUCAAAACCAGUCCGGGCACCAGAUGCCCUGCCCCUCUGCCAGAGGGGCUGCUCCAGCAGCGGUACAGGGAUGAGAAAACCCUCCAAGAGAGGCGGUGGGAAAGGGCAGCGUCCCCUCAGAGGAAGAGAACACUUCUGGGGCCUGUGAGACGGCGACACCUCGAUCACGUGGCACCUUACCGGGUCGAGAGGAAGGCCAGGAUCCCUUCCUCGGGGGAUAGGGAUCCGAACAGAUUCCGAUGUGAAUGUCGAUACUGCCAGAGCCAUAGGCCCAGCGUCUCCGGGAUGCCUGCAGAGAGGAAAGGGGCCCCGCAUCCUUCCUCCUGGGACACGCUGGUGCAGGGCCUCAGUGGCUUGACCCUCAGCCUGGGGACCAGCCGGUCCGGCCUUCUGCCCGAAGGGGUGCUCCAACAGCAGGAGAGAGAGGAGAAGCUCCAACUGGAGAUGCAGCAGGAAAGCAAAAGAAUGUUCCAGAGGCUCCUGAAGCAGUGGUUGAAAGAAAACUGAGGCUCUCGUCCUCACGUGACAGAGAUCUGAACGGAUUCAGACGUGGAGGCUGGUGU